CAUAAGCUGUCUUUGCUUCCAAGAAGUAACAAGCUAUCCCCAACUAAUCAACAUGUUCAAGCUGGCUGUCUUCGCUGCCAUCCUGGCUGUCGCCGUCGCCUAUCCCGGUGGUCUUACCGGCGUAUCCAUCAGCCAUGGUGUCGGCCCGAUCGUCGCCCCGCACGUCGUUGCUGCUGCCCCAGCGUACUCCCACGGCGCCGUUGUCCUUGCCCAGCCCAUUGCUCCCGCUGUUCACACUCCCGCUGUUGUCACCAAAACCGUCUUGGCAGGCCACGGUUACCCUCUGCACGGUUAAUCUAAGAGAACCAGUGUAAACUCACCACUACCACCACCGAGUCACGACGACGCAGCCCUGGAAGAAAAAAAGACACAUCCCCUACUUCCUCAUAAUGUGAAGAAAAGACGAUAAAUUUAGCACGCAAUUCUCAUCACCGAUUUCGACUUCUUCACACUUUAUCGCCGUUAUCCACGCGUGAACCAUUAGGCCCAACACUCCGCGUAGGAUCGGUCAAAUUCCCGUUUCCCUAUUUGUCUUUUCUUUGUAUUUUAUCGAUAAAAU